AUGGCCGUAACACGCUCUCAAUGGCAGAACGACCGCCCCCAGACCCGGGGGGCCAAGGUCACCCGACGACCCCCGCCAGCACCACUACCACUACCAGGUAGGAAGAGGAGUGCCGACGGAGCAGAAGCUCCAUCUGCCAAGAGAAGGAGACUGCCCUCCGGAUCCGCCGCGGCAGUACCAGCAGCUCCCGCCCAGCCUGCGCCGGUCUCUCCUCCUCCUCCACCUCCGCCGCCGCCGCCACCACCACCCUACGUUCCGGCCCCAGUGCCAUCGCCAACAUCAGUCGUACCACUCCGCAAGAACGACUCUCUCCGUGCUCCCCGCCCCGCUGCUACCAGAGCGGAGGCUCAAAAGACGCUCGAAUCACAGCGUACUGCCAUGCAGUACCAGACAAACCGAUUCGCGCACCGCCCGGGCUGGCCGGGGGUGCCAGCACGAGCCGUCACGGGACUCGAAAUCCCGGACGAGAACGAGUGCUUCGCGAAGGUCCAGCGGGACUGGGACGCAUUGGAGAGAGAUCGGAGACGCGACCUCCGGAAAAACACCAUCCGCACCACCGAGUACUGGCUCGACGAGCGCACCGACUAUCCGAAGCCGCACGAGGCUCUGCAGCGGAGAUGGCGGUUGGCGACGGCGGCGGAGGCACGGGCGUUCUUCGAGGAGAACGGCAAGGUGCCAGCCUGGAAGCUGACCAGCGUUUGGGAGAGCAAUGGUCAGUGGAAGGGCUGUGACGCCGACAAGUGGUGGUUCCACACCGUGGUGUCUCCCGGUCAGCCCAGUUGGGUUUGCCGGAAUGCACCGGCGACGUGGAGGUGUGCUUGUGGGGAGGAACGACCAAAGUACGAUUAG